ACUUCAGCCAUCAUGCCACGGGGUCAGAAGAGUAAGCAACGCUCCCGUGCCAAGCGUCAGCAGACACGUAGUGGGAACCAAAGUCAGGAUGUGCAGCCCACUGCUGAGGAGUCUGCCCCAACUUCUCUUGUUGAUGAGGGUGCUUCGUUCAGUUCACCUGAGGUUUUCUCUCCCCAGAAGUCUCAGGUCGCCAUGCCCUCUAGUGCUUCUGUUGCAGUGUCUGUCUGCACAAGACGUGAUGUGAAGCGUGAAGGUUGUGAUGCAGGUGCUAGGAAUCCUGAUGCAGAGGCGGAGGGUCCUAAUAAAUGUGCACAUAAAAGAAGUUCCAGAACCUGCCAGGCAGAAACCUCCACUCAACUGGGAGAGGUUAUCAGCUGGAAGAAGAAUGUCUUGGUGCAUUUCCUGCUCGAGAAGUUUAAAUUGAAGGAGCAUGUUACACAGGCAGAUAUGAUGAAGGUGGUCAACAAGAAGUUCGAACAGCAUUUCUCUGAGAUCUUCAAGAGAGCAUCAGAGCACCUGGAGCUGGUAUUUGGUGUUGAGUUGCAGGAAAUUGACCCUCACACUCACUCCUAUGCCCUUGUCAACAAGCUGGGCCUCACUAGUGAAUGUAGUAUGAGUGCAAAUAAGGGGUUGCCCAAGACAGGUCUGGUAAUGAGUCUCCUGGGGGUAAUAUUUAUGAGGGGAAAUCGUGCCACUGAGGAAGAGAUCUGUGAUUUCCUGAAUUCAUUGGGAAUACAUUCUGAAAAGAGACAUACACUCUUUGGAGAACCCCAAAGUCUCAUCACCAAAGAUCUGGUGCAGGAUGGGUACCUUGAAUGCCGCCAGAUACCUGGGAGUAAUCCUCCCAGUUAUGAAUACAUUUGGGGUUUCAGAGCCCAUGCUGAAACUACCAAGAUGAAAGUCUUGGAAGUGUUGGCCAAAAUCAAAGAUACAGUGCCUAGGGCCUUCCCUGUUCUGUAUGCAGAGGCUUUGAAAGAUCAGGAAGAGAGGGCUAGAGCUGCAGCUUCCCAGAGCCCUAGCAACCUCCGGCUCUUUGACCCUGACUGCAGGUGUCCUUCCCGCUGUUCUUUCCGAUUUUAG